AGUGAACUCCUUUUUUGCCAUUACAGCCAUUCUUUUUGUAGGCGCAGUCAUUCCAGUUUCAACCUUCCCCACAAACACAUUAUCCAUACUUAGAAAACUGACAACUGUGAAAAUGUAACUUUCCAAUCAAGUGUCUCCACGUAUAUUCCAACGCCGGUUCACGUUACCAUGUAUCGACUGUUUGCUGAUGUAAACAUCUUUGACGUGCUUAAAUAAAAGUUGAAAACGGAGAUUAAGAAAAUUCUGUAGCUGUUUGAAGUUCCUACGAACAACCUUUUUUCAACCGGUAACAGUCAUCAAUUUCAUCGCCUCUUCCGCUGAGCUUCGUAAAUUGAACAGAAGCUGGCCUGUGCACCUUGUCAACGCGGACAAACAAUUUUACUUCUCUUCCAUUUUUCUCUAAAGCUUCCUGAAACUGUCAUGUCAUUGUCAGAUGUAAUUAGGAUAAUUAAGUAUUAUUGAGUGUUUUAUCGAUGGAAAAUUAUCCGUAUGAUAAGAACAAGCCAUAUCCUUAUUCCUAUGAUCCUCCUCCUCAUCUGAAUUAUGGGUAUCCACCGCCGCCUGAUCCAGAUCCAUACCACCAAUCUCCUUAUAAGUAUCCGUACAAUCCUCCACACGCUUAUCAGUAUCCGCCGCCUGCUUAUUCACAACCACCACCACCACAAUUUCUCCAUUCAGCUUCCUUUUCUGGGCCAGUUGACUAUAGUUCUAAUUUCCACCACCUUCCGCCACCUCAUUUACAAUCUCAUUCAGGGCCUUUAGAUAAUCAGUAUAAUGCACAAUCUCAUCCUGGGCCGCUUCCAUAUUCAUAUGGACGCCUUUCUCCUUCAAACUCACAACCUGCCCUCCAAUAUAAUAGUAGUUUUCAUGGUUCAUCACAUUACCACUAUCACCAAUCCACUCAAUACCCGCCGCCUGAGACUAAUCCUCCAUUGGCAGCUAUAGACAAUAGUUUGCCGAAUUUUCAUGACAAAAAUAAUAAUCAGGAUUCAAUAUCUGAUUGGGAUAAAAUUCCUUCUUACCCUUCUCUUUACCCAACUUUGGAUGAUCACAUGAGUAAGAUGCAAAUAUCUGAUUCUAAUCAUGAUAACAAAAAUAAUAAUUACCCAACUGUCCCUGCUUCUCCUCCUGAACCUUCAGUACCACCAUUGCCUGAUUCCCCUUUAAGUCAUCAGCGUUCGACUUCAAGUAAUCAUGGGAGCUUUUAUGGGUAUCCCAAUGACUCCUUCUCAAGUAACUAUGAAAGACCUUUUUUCCAUCCCCAUUCAGAGUCUUUCGAUGGAUCACAACAGAGCCCAAAUUCGCAGAUUGUGCCAAAGGGAUCUUUGAAGGUUUUGCUCUUACAUGGAAAUUUAGAUAUUUGGAUCUAUGGUGCUAAGAAUCUUCCCAACAUGGAUAUUUUUUCUAAGACUUUGGGGGAUAUGUUUGGGUCACAACUCAGUAAAAAGAUGACUAGUGAUCCAUAUGUUACAGUGUCAGUAACAGGUGCUGUGGUCGGGAGGACCUUUGUGAUAAGCAAUAGUGAAGAACCUGUUUGGCAGCAAAAUUUUUAUGUUCCUGUUGCACAUCACGCUGCUGAAGUGUACUUUACUGUUAAAGAUAGUGAUAUUGUGGGAUCGGAGUUGAUAGGAGUUGUGGCAAUUCCAGUAGAACAGGUAUACUCAGGUGCAAAGGUUGAAGGAACCUAUCCAAUUCUGAAUAAUAGUGGGAAACCGUGUAAGCCUGGAGCUUCCUUGACUCUUUCAAUACAGUACACCCCAAUGGAGCGUCUGAGCAAUCAUCAUCAAGGAGUGGGAGCAGGUCCUGAAUAUAUUGGCGUCCCUGGCACAUAUUUUCCUCUUAGGAAGGGUGGUACUGUUACUCUUUAUCAAGAUGCUCAUGUUCCUGAUGGGUGUCUCCCACAACUAAGGCUUGACCGUGGAAUAUUUUAUAAUCAUGGGAAAUGUUGGUCUGACAUUGCAAUUGCAAUAAGUCAGGCACGGCGUUUAAUCUACAUAACAGGGUGGUCAGUCUGGCACAAAGUUAAACUGGUCCGGGAUGCUGGUCCAGCAUUCGAUUCCACCCUAGGGGAGCUUCUAAGAUCAAAGUCUCAGGAAGGAGUAAGAGUACUACUUCUUGUUUGGGAUGACCCCACUUCAACGAGCAUUUUGGGUUAUAAAACGGAUGGAGUCAUGCACACGCAUGAUGAGGAAACACGUCGUUUUUUCAAACACUCAUCUGUGCAUGUACUUCUUUGUCCCCGCAUGGCUGGAAAACGACAUAGUUGGGUCAAACAAAAGGAAGUUGGAACAAUCUAUACACACCACCAGAAAACAGUGAUAGUAGAUGCUGAUGCUGGAAAUAAUCGAAGGAAAAUCAUAGCUUUUGUUGGUGGCCUUGAUUUAUGUGAUGGGCGAUAUGACAAUCCGCAUCAUCCUCUAUUUAGGUCACUGGAAACACUACAUAAGGAUGAUUAUCACAACCCUACCUUUACGGGAAAUACUGCUGGUUGCGCAAGGGAACCAUGGCAUGACUUGCACUCUAGGAUUGAUGGUCCAGCAGCAUAUGAUGUUUUAACCAAUUUUCAGGAGCGCUGGCUAAAGGCUUCAAAACCUCAUGGGAUCAAAAAGCUGAAGAUGUCAUAUGAUGACGCUUUGCUCAACUUAGACAGAAUUCCCGAAAUAUUAAGUGCAGCUGAUUCUCUUUCUGUGAAUACAAAUGAUCCUGAAGGUUGGCACGUUCAGAUUUUCCGUUCAAUUGAUUCUAAUUCAGUUAAAGGCUUCCCGAAGGAUCCCAAGGAUGCCACAAGCAGGAAUCUAGUAUGUGGUAAAAAUGUACUCAUUGACAUGAGCAUACAUACCGCAUAUGUGAAGGCUAUUCGUUCUGCUCAACACUUCAUUUAUAUAGAGAAUCAAUACUUUAUUGGGUCCUCAUAUAAUUGGAGUUCACAUAAGGACUUGGGUGCUAAUAAUUUGAUUCCUAUGGAAAUCGCUCUUAAGAUUGCUGAUAAAAUCAGAGCAAAUAAGAGAUUUGCUGCAUAUAUAGUUCUUCCAAUGUGGCCUGAAGGUGUUCCAACUGGUGCUACUACACAAAGGAUUUUGUUUUGGCAGCACAAAACCAUGCAAAUGAUGUAUGAGACAAUUUACAAGGCUCUGGUAGAGGUUGGGCUUGAAGGUGCACAUUCACCGCAAGACUACUUGAACUUUUUUUGUCUUGGCAAUCGAGAGGCUAUGGUUGGAAGUGAACCUACAAGUACGGGAAGUCCUUCUGCUGUAAAUGCUCCAGAGACCCUUAGUCAAAAGAGCCGUCGGUUCAUGAUUUAUGUUCAUUCUAAAGGAAUGAUUGUUGACGAUGAAUAUGUACUAUUGGGAUCUGCAAAUAUCAAUCAGCGAUCUAUGGAGGGCACAAGAGAUACAGAGAUUGCAAUGGGUGCCUACCAACCCCAAUAUACAUGGGCAAGAAAAUUAUCAAACCCAUAUGGACAGAUCUAUGGAUAUAGGAUGUCGCUAUGGGCAGAACAUCUUGGAACUGUGGAGGAGUGCUUUACACAACCAGCUAGUUUGGAAUGUGUAAGAAGGGUUAGAACAAUGGGGGAGAUGAACUGGAAGCAGUUUGCAGCAGACGACAUAACGGAAAUGAGGGGUCACCUUAUAAAGUAUCCGGUUGAAGUUGAUGAUAAGGGCAAGGUGAAGCCAAUUCCAGGACAUGAAACAUUCCCAGAUGUAGGAGGAAAUAUAACUGGCUCAUUUUUUGCCAUUCAGGAGAACCUCACCAUCUGAACAACCCGAAUUACAAAGGUAAAUUGUCAAGUAAUACAAUACCGUUGUGAAAAAUAUAUGUUGCCGUGAAUAUGAUUGUGUUAAAUUUCUUUCUAUUGGCAUAACCAUUCGUUAUUGUAAAUAAUCAUAAACUCUGAUAUUCAUUUUCCUACUCGGGUGAGAAAAUAGUCAUUCCUUUUAUUUGAUUUUUA